GUACAUCAUGUGCAGAUAUAUAUAUGCUCAAUCAAUCACAUGAUCAUAUGCUUUCCAAACUUUUAGGCUGUGUAUCAAUAUAAAGUUAUCAACUAUUGGUUCGAUAAUCAAUAUCAGCAGUUAGAUUAGGUAAUAGGUAUAAAUAUAGAACUGUGAGUCUGUCACAAUACUACUUGCAUGUGAGGUGAAACUGGGCCAACUCCAGCUCCGACCCUAGAACUAUCUUAAAAUACCCAGUUUUAUAGGGUCAAUAGUACAAACUUGGUCUGCUUCGGUCCUAUCCUGUUUGAGCUAGUUGAGUCGGGUCAGGCCAACCUGCUUGCUGGACUCGGCCAAAAUUUACGAAGCAAUAUUUGAAAAUUGACAUUCUGAUAUCCCAAAAUUAUGUUUUUCUUACAAUUUAGUACACGGACUUCAUUUUUUCUACAAACAGGUUCAAAUUUUUUGGUGACAACUGACAACAUUACGUCGAACAUGUCCAAUCUUUUGGUAUGAGAAAUUUCAAAUCACUAAUUGUUCCUAUAUAUAGUCAUAGGGUAAAAAAUGACUCGAUUCCUAUGUUGACCCGACCUAGUACCUACCCAACUCUUAAAGAAUAAAAAAAUGAAUUCAUCCUAAACUGACCUUGUAAAUAAACUGGCACAGCUCGAUCUUCACGGUCGGACCUAAGCCGGGCCGGGCCGGCCAAACCAGUUGAUAUCUAGGGCCAAACUUACAACCCUAGCUACAUGCAGCUGUCGUUUUACAAAAAUCAUCAUUUUGAUUACUCACAUGCUGCAAUUUCAGCCUUUUAGCACAAGCAUGGCAUAUGAUAAUUGGAGCCAUGCGUUUGGCAGGUGCUCAUGCAUGUGUGUUUUGGCAACUAGGACAGCUCCUCUAAUGUGGUGCUGCUGAUCAUGAGUGGGAGCUUGAGAGACAGUUAUGAUCAAUUAUGACACUCCAGAUUUCGUUGGUUCUUUAACGCUCAUCAUCACCAGCCUACAGUAACGUCUACUUUGUGAGAAACAAAAGGAAGUGCCGACAUUGGAAGGAAGAAAAAAAACUGUUUUUGGUUAACGGAUCUAUCGACGUUUAGAACAUGAUUCUCAAAUCAACGAAUUCUAACCUUUAGAGACAAAUUUAUAUUCAUUUAGAUGGAUUCUGUUUGAGCCAAGUUCCUUUCCUCCAAGCUCCGACGUUCUUCUUCCACGCCGUGCGCCUCCUUUCUUACUUCUCCGAGCCCUGAAGCGCCCAACACCCUACACACAAAGCGCAUAGCAGACCUGGGUGAUCCGUUAGCAUUCCAACGCUCAAAUGAGACAUUCUCGCUAGAGAGAGAAGUAAGAGAAGUUUAGAGAGAGAAGUCUCAACCUGAGUAAAUGAGGUUCACCAACUGUCCUAUUUAUACCCGAAACCCUGCCGACCGUUGCCCCCCCCCCCCCCCCAAAUCCGCCCUACGUCAUCACUUCAUUAAAUGCAACAUACUAUCACAUUGUCAAGCGCCUCGACCCAUCUGACACCGCGUUCAGAGGUUCGAGGCGCGUGACAUCAUUUGUUGCGCCCUCCGUACGCUUUCGACCGUUAUGCUUUUUUGUCCUUAUGGGCUUGGUGUCGGAACCCGGCCCCACUCCAAGUCUGCCCUUCUGCCCCCAUUGGGCCAGAUUUUCCCACUGUUGUGCCUAUAUUUCGGGCCGAGCUUGGCUCUCUGAGCCUCUUUACUGGGUCUUUUCAUGCCCCCAACAUAUUCCUCUGGAGCCGGAGAUUGAAGAACGAAUGACAAAACCUGCUUCAUUUGGUCGGCGUGGAAAGGAGCUAGGAGGAGGAAUCGGGAAUGAUAGGAAAGUUCGAAUUUGGGGGGGACGAUAAGAAGGAAAGAAGACGACAGAGAAAAAAAAAAGAGAAGACAGAAAUGAACAUGAGGAGAAAGGAAAUAUGAAUUUUUUUAUUAUUAUAAUUGUGGCGGUCUCGAAAUUUCUCGUUCUCAAUUUCAUUUUAGACGCAUGAUUGUGCCAAAAUCCUAUAUGAUAAUGGAUUAUGCUAUGAUCUCUCGUAAAAUCUCUUUUACAAACAACCCAUAAUCUAUCUACACAAUAAAUAAAAGCCAAAUGAGAAAACUUGAAGAUCCAUUUUAAAUUUCUUGCAUCUAGAGUGAAAGUAGGAAGGAUAUUUUGGUCUUCACAAUUACUUUAUUUUAUUACAUUAAAAUACCAAUUACUAGGAUUCGAACCAUGACCACUUUAAAGAAAAACAAAUAUCAUAACCAAUCACACUAAGUACAUUUGUUAUAUCUUUUUAAAUUAAAAACAUAUAAUCGCAGAGAGGAAAAAACCCUUUCCCAUUUCAAAUUCUCUGCUCCAGGAGCGUUUGUAGGAAGGGUAGAAUAGGGAGUGUCAAUUUUUUUCUUUUUCCUUUGUGGAACGGGCCAACUUACCGUACACAUGCGGAUUUAAACGGGUCCAGGAGUGUCAAUUUUUUUCUUUAAGUCCUUUUAUUUCUCAGUGGUGGUAAAAUAUAUAUGAAAAGGCAAAAACAAUACUCCUUUUUAUUGCUAAAAAGAAAAAAAUUUAACAAUAAACUAAUGUAUGGAUUCUAAUGGGCUAACCGCUAAUCAUAAAAUAAAAGAGUUGAAUGGGCCUGACCUACACAGGAUUUGCCCAUCAAGUAAAACAAAUGAAUAUCAUGGGUUUGCCAUUCUAAAACAAGCUAUUUUCUCUGGCAUAAUAUAUAUUUUUAUACUAUUAUUUUAUAUCUUAGUGGCUAAAAUAUAAUGUAUUUUAAAGUUAUUCAAUGGUUCAACCUCGACCAACCCAAUUAGUCCAAUUUUUAUCAUUUCAAAUAUAUAUUAUGUAAUUAUUUGAUAUAAUAAUGAUUAAAUUAUAGUGUAUAUUAUAGGGAAUCGUUUGGUACUUGUUAGUAAAAAACUAAACAAAAAGAUCUAUUUGGUUAUUUUUAACAUUAAAACGAUCCUAAGCAUUUUAAGUUUCCUUUCGAAAUUCCAUAGUUUUAUUCCCGAAUCAGUGAUGUGCAAAUGGCGAAUUGCAGUCAUCUCUUUUCUUUCAUUAUUUUUUAUUUUCAAAUAGAAAGUUUAAAAGUAAAGAAUAAUUAGAGUUUGGCAUGGGUCGGUCAAACAUGCCGAAUUUCAAGUUUUGGCCCGUUUUGAUCAAGUCUAAUUUAUAAUCACAUGGUUCCCUGAUACCCGAUAAAAAUCUCAAUCCAAACCAGUUUGGCAGGUGAGUCCGUGUUUACCACCAUUUUCUAGGGAUACUGGAACGUUGGUUCCUAUCCCAAAUCGUGUUGUUCAUUCUUGAUUUCUUUAGAUUUUAUCAUGGUUUGGCAAAAAACCAGAAAGCACAAUGAUGACAAGAUGAAAGUUUUAUAAAUCAAAUUAAUCGUCCAACGGGCCGACUAAAAGCUAGCAACGAUUGUGAGAUGCUCAUUUCCCGAAAACCGGCAGGAUAGGCGAUUUUUAAUUCGAUUUUCUGGAAUUCGGUUUCUAUAAAACUUACUCCACCUCAUCAUAUUACCAGAAACAAUAUUGUUUCACAAGGUAAUAGGUACUUAAUUUUGGUUCAAAAGACUGAUUUUUGAUUCGUUGCAUCAUUCAUGUCUCUUUCUUACUAAAAUUCACUAUUUUUAUCACAUGUUUCCAAAAAAAAAAAAAAAAAAAAUUAUACAACAAUAAACUACACACCCCAUUACAUUAUCAAAUUUCAUACCUCACCUUCCUCCGGCCAAAUGGCCGGGCUCACGCUAGUUGUAUUUGGAAGACAAGAAAAUAUGUGUAGAUAA